GUGUUUUCCGCUUACAGGUGAAAUGAAACCUAGGAGAUAAUUUUUCUGCUUCGCUCGCAGAGAAAUCCACAGCUGAGGCGACCAAACAGAUAUGGCCUCUUCCAAUCUUCUAAAAUGGUCCUCUGUGUCCGAUGAUCAUUUUUCAUGUUCUAUCUGCCUGGAAGUUUUCAAUGAACCCGUCUCGAUUCCCUGCGGACACAACUACUGCAAGGGCUGCAUCACGGGCUACUGGGCCACCAGGGACUCGAGCCAGUGUCCACUGUGCAAGGCGGGGUUCGGACAAACCCCGGUUCUGCAAGUGAACACAGAGUUCAGAGACAUGUUGGAGCUUUUCAAGGAGACACGAUUUACAACUGAUGUGAAAAGUUCCCCUCCCGGUGCUGUGGGUGUGUUCUGCGAUCUCUGCCAUGGGACGAAGCGUAAAGCCCUGAAAUCCUGCCUGGUUUGUCUGGCGUCCUACUGCGACGGUCACCUGAAGCCACAUCACUCUGUGCAGGCGUUAAAGUGGCACAAGCUGAUCGACCCUGUGAAGCGCCUCGAAGACAGGAUGUGCAAGAAACACAACAAGGUGAUGGAGUUUUUCUGCAAGAAGGACCAGAGAUGUGUUUGCAUCCUGUGCCUGAAGGACCACCACGAGAUGCAUGAAGCCGUCUCUUUGGAGGAGGAGCUUAAGGAGAGGAAACAUAAGCUGAAGAAGGUCAACAGAGAGGUCAAGCAGAACCUGAGCAAGAAGCACAACACGAUCCUGACGAUUCAGAACUCAAUGAAGCAAGGUAGAGAGGAAUUGGAGAGAACAAAAGCGGAAACUGUCAAGGCCUUCGAUGCUCUGGUGGCGUUGAUAAUGACCAAAAUGGUGACGCUCGUCGAGCUGUUGGAGGGGAAGCAGAAAGCGGAAGAACAGCAGGCUGAGAAUCUCAUCAGACAACUGCAGCUGGAGAUCAUCGAGGACUAUCGGACGAGUAACACGCUGGAAGAGCUCUCAAAGACCCAGGAUGACCUCAGACUCCUCCAGGGCCUCCCACCUGAGUCCCCGCCUUCCAGCACAAAACAUCCCUUUGCAGGGAGAGCGCAUCGUCUUCUGGAAGUGGAGACGGUAAAAAGUGCAAUGACCAAAACGGUGGAGACGCUCAACGAACAGAUGGAGAUCAUCACGAGAGAAGUCGACCUGGCCGAAGAGAGACAAAAUGAGAAUUUGUUUGGUGACGAGCUCGGCAACAUCCAGACGCAACAUGCAAUAAAUCUGACUCUGGAUCCCAACACUGCGCACCCCUCUCUGAUCGUCUCAGAGGACAGGAAACAAGUGAGGGACGGAGGCACAAAGAGGAGCGUCCCUGACAGCCCCGCGAGGUUUGACACUCUGCAUUAUGUCCUCGGAGAACAAGGCUUUUCCUCUGGCAAGUUCUACUACGAAGUUCACCUCAACAGGCAAACAAGAUGGGAAGUCGGAGUGGCGAGAGAGUCCAUCACUAGGAAGGGUGUCGAUCUGUCCCUCAGUCCGGAAAACGGAUGCUGGACGCUGGGUUGUUACUGGGGACGCUGCCAGGCUAACACAAACCCACCUGUGAUCCUGACCCUGUCUAAGGUGCCCGAGAAGGUCGGAGUGUUUGUGGACUAUGAAGGAGGGAUCGUCUCCUUUUACGACACAGAGGCUCGAGCUCUGAUCUACUCUUUCACAGGAUGUGUCUUCACGGCAAGUGUGCCUUUCCUGAGAAACAUUUUCUUUCUCCCUCUCAGAGUUCACGGCGGCAACGCCCCGACGACAAUCUACCCUUUAAUCCGACCCAGUGCUGAGCAGGGGGGUGACUCUGCUCCUCUUCAGAUCACUCCUGUCGGCUGCAACUAAACUAAGAGGUAAACCUGGUUUGGAAAGACAAGUUUUAGCAGUUUGUGGUCCUCGUGUUAACGCCCUGACACACCACGGAGAUCGUCAGCCAUCGGUCCUAGUUGGACCGUCGGUGAGCGGUCGUCGUACCUACCCAUCUGGAAUCUCUCUGAUUGGCUGUUCUGUUGUUUCAUUUCUCUCCAGCUCUCCUCUCAGGUUCAGUAAAUCCUCUUGAGCAUGUCUCUGUAGUAUCCAUGCUUUCACCCAUUAGUGCGGUUUCUCCUUAUUUGUCUCCUCCUCCUCUUCUUUUAUUUUCCCACUAAAAGACCAAAAACUGACAACGCCAGCGCCAUUUUCUACUUUUUAUCAGACAUUAUUCUCCAUCAGUAGACGACCUAUAAUACGAGUGGUGACCGACAGCGGUGUGAAAAUGGUCUUCUCGUAUCAUAAACAACGGACUACCGCCCCUCAUCUCACACAUGAGCAGAACAGACGUGAUGGUUGGCGGUCAGCUGUAGUCUUUGCGGUGUGUUCAAGUGCAACUUUUUGGCCAAGACGUGAGGCGACACCACAGGAGGCUUUCGUCUCCGCUAGUUUUUUUCCAUCUCCUUGGUGUGUCAGGAUCUUUAUUUCCGAUAAGUAAUGGUGGACUCAACUCCUCAAAUACAGCAGACCUAUCAAAAUAUGAGGAUCAAUGUAUACCUCUGGAGUCAGUUUAGCAUUUUGCAUGGCUCCCUGGCAAUAAUAAAGAUGCAAAACUGCUCAGACUUUCAGAAGAUAGAUAUUAAAUAUUAAAAAAUUAUAUUAUUAAAGUAGUAAUAAUGAUAAAAAGCAGCAGAGAAAUUAAAAAAAUGUAGCUCUUUUCAGUCCCAUUUUUAUUCAUAAUGUAGAAUAUUUUGUAUUUAGAGUAACAUGAGGGCAUAGGGCAGGCAAUAUGGACGGUCACCUAUGGGCGCCACGCUCUCCAGGGGGAGCCGGCGAGAGCCCUGAAUGCUUUGAUGGAAACCAACUACCUUCUACCGUCUGUUAACGUCCUCUCUCCUCUCCUUAAGCGCCGCUUUAUUCAGGCUCUUAGUCUCUGUUUUUUUUUUCUCUCUCUCUCUCUCUCUCUCUCUCUCUCUCUCGCUCUCGCUCGCUUCACCAGUCACUCACACAACUUUGCCUUGCCUUCACCACAACUCUGGGAUUUUGAAAAUUAAAAAAAAAACAGAGAACCGAAAAAGACCAAGAACUUGAAGUUUUCUGUUUACACAAGUCUUUACACAACUGUGGUCACCCAGAGUCGACCCCAGACAUCCAAAACUUUUUCCUCAAAGUAUCGUUGUCGAUCAUGAAAUGUUUUUUUUCUACUGUGUUGUGAGUAAACAUUCAUGUUAGACCACGUUUAGGCUGGGAGGACCUUUCAGCACAAUGGAUGACCGACAGAGACUCUGCAAUCAUCGUCUACGGCCCACAUGAUAUAUCUGAAUGUACAUUCGAUUUUUUAUUGAUCAAUGCAUCAAAAUUUCAGGCGACCCCAUGUGGUUGGGAAAGCCUGCCAUAUGUUAUACCCACUUCUAAAUAAUAACUGAUUACUCGUGUAGGAGCAGCAGAUUAACUAAAUGAUAUGUGGUGUUUGAUGUAAAGGAUCUCACUGAUACCUCUAUGUAAGGUAGGAACCUUUGUGUCCAGGCAGGUGUUCCAACCAGAAGGGGAAACUCUUUUUUGAACGCUAAGCAGUUUCUGCAAGAGUUACUAGUGGGUGUUUUUUUGGUGGAAAUAUGUUCAUGUGAAAGUCAAUAAAUGUAAAAUAAAUGAAUGGCAUGUUCAACAAUGCAA